AUGCCUCGCCCCGGGAAAAAUUCCUACAGUGACCAAAAACCCCCUUACUCGUACAUCUCACUGACUGCGAUGGCCAUCCAGAGUUCAGCCGAGAAGAUGCUGCCGUUGAGUGAUAUUUACAAAUUUAUCAUGGACAGGUUUCCCUAUUACCGAGAGAACACCCAGCGCUGGCAGAACUCCCUCCGCCACAAUCUCUCCUUUAACGAUUGCUUCAUCAAGAUCCCACGCAGACCGGACCAGCCGGGCAAAGGCAGUUUCUGGGCACUUCACCCCGACUGUGGCGAUAUGUUCGAGAAUGGGAGUUUUCUCCGCCGCCGGAAGAGGUUUAAGGUGCACCGCUCUGAACACUUGUCCGCCAAAAACUCACAAAUGAUCCACUAUUUCCAACAGCACCACCAUCACCAUCAGCAACAACAAGCCAAGUUGGGACUGGCCACACCGGAGGCGGCCCCAGGUAUGGGGCGCAUACCCCAUUUCCAGCCCUAUGGAGUCAACGGGCCCCAAUCAACGGGAUUUAAGCACCCGUUCGCCAUCGAGAACAUCAUUGGAAGGGACUAUAAGAACAUGAUGGCCAGUGGACUCCCUUUAGCCUCUGUAAUGCAUCACCUCGGUUACCCAGUGCCCAGCCAACUCAGUAACAUGGUAGGAUCCAUGUGGCCUCAUGUUGGUGUCAUAGACUCGAUGGCUCCCAUGCCAGUUUCCCCAGAUUACAAUCCGUUUGGGGUCCCCAUGAAGACAAUCUGUCACCCGGGCACGCAGACUAUGCCAGCCGUCCCCGUGCCCAUCAAACCUACAGUGUCACUGGCGUCCAUCUCCACAAUGCCUGUGCCAGGAGCCCUGCCGGGCAGUGCCACGCAGAUCUGUCCUUCUUCAUCUUCAACCUCCUUACAUCUAGAUCAGACUCGGUCAGCUCCCAGUGAGGGCAAAACUAGCUCAUUACACUCGGUGCUCGUCCAUUCCUGA